AUGUCUUCCUUUACCUCAAGUCAUUCUGCGUCAAAGAAGCGCGCAGUACACACCCAAGACGACAUAGAAGCGCCUCGCGUUAAGAUCCCUCGAUCCGCUUUCACAUCAUUCGUAUCAGCGUCACUUCCCUCGUCACCACCUCUGCUGCCUCUCUCCUCGUCCCUUCCAGAGAUGCACUCCCAUGUGGGGCACCACGAUCGUGGCCUUCGUCUUCCGUUCUCACUAUCUAAUCUGGCUCCUGAAAACAGGUUCAAGAAGCGAUCACGUGUAUUUGACGAUGCGGGUGUUGGAGACAUCGAGAUUGUGGCGAACGUGAAUAAGCCAUCGAACAAGCCGCUUUCACUCAACUUGACCCGGAGCACGCCUCCGCCUGAAUUGGAAGAAACCGUGGCGCCGGUGCAGACGGAGUUUGAGGGUCCGAUAAAUCUAAUGGAUGCUCGCACCGGCCGAAUCGCCACGACACGCGAUCCUCGUGGUGGUUUUGGGUACGACCAGGACAUCAACUUCACGCCCGAAAGUAGCUUUAACAGCUUCAGCUCCGUGAAAACCGUCGUAAAACGUCCCAUCAGCUAUUCCGGCCUCGGACCGAUCAAUCUGGUGGACGUUCAUUCCAACAAGAUCGUCACGACGCGUGAUCCUCGCGGUGGCUUCGGAUACGAUCCGGACGUCAAUUUCACACCCAACAGCAGCUUCGAAUUAGUGCAGACAGCAGCACCGACUAGUCGCAACGUCCUCGAUUCUAGCAAGCGGCCAAUCUAUGCGGUGAGCCUAUUCGGGCCUCCACAGAACAACCUUACCAAGCAAGAGGAUGAUGACGAUUCGAGGACUGUUGUGGGCAGUCCGCAGGAUGUGUUCGAUACAGAUGAGAUCCCGUCAUUGAGUCAAUCCUCUUUCUCCGUCUCCGAGAUCAUUGAACCCAACUCCUCGUUCGAUGAUGUGCUUGUCUGCCGCGCCAACGGUGACUCAUCGUUCACAUCUCCAUCUACGAAGCCCUGCUCUGCGGCGGCAAACAUCAAAGACAUCUAUGAAGCGGAGUAUUUCGCGGGAAAGCUGCUUAAGUUGCGACCCGAUUCCGCCGGCAUUUGCGACACCAUGAUGUCUCGUCUGGAGCGCAUGGUCAAUGCCAAAAUUGCGACCGCAAAGCAGGUAGCGAAGGCGAGUAGGAAGAAAGUGGUGGCGCCGAAGCCCGUCGAUGCUGCAAUUCAGCUCCGCAAAUACUUGCUAGAGCAGAAGGAGACGCGCCUAGAGAUGGGGGAAGUCAAGGGAACGGUCAACCUUGAAAUUGGUUGGGCAGAUUGGCUCGUGAAGGUGACGCAGUCUGGGGUCGUUCAUCUGAAGCUCCCUGGCUGUACGUGUCGACCUGAAUUAAUGGCGGCUGAAGCAGAGCAAGAGGACUGGUCAUAG